UGACCUCAUCCAGAUACGACGAAUAACCAGCAUAUAACUUUGAUCAAAACAUCAGUGAUAUAUUUAUUGUCAGGUAUAAGUAAAUUUGGGACGAUUACACAGACUUAAAAGUGAAAUUGAACUUCUAAAAAUGAGCAUGAAUGAGAAGAAGUCAACAGACUUGGGGAUUUGGUGGUCUGAAGGAUUGUUAUGACAUAACUGGACUUGAGUUCAAACAUGGCUUGUCUUACUGACAAGUACAUUGAAGGUGAAUGGAUGUACAUAGAGAAUAUUCAUUUGGCGGAGCUAUUGAAAAAGGGACUUGAAAAGGUUUUAUUGAUUGACAGCAGAUCAUUUCUGGAAUACAAUACAUCAAGAAUCCAACAGUCAGUCAAUGUCUGCUGCUCAAAAUUAACAAAGCAUAGGUUACAGCAAGACAAGAUAAGCAUCAAGGAAUUAAUGGCCCAGUUAUGUCACAUUGAAAUAGAAGAGUACAGUGAUAUAGUUGUGUAUGAUCAAUGUACAUCAGACAUAACCCAUCUGACUGAGGACAAUUUUCUAGUCAUUUUACUCAGGAAACUCAAGAUGAACAAAGUGUUUAAAAGUGUUGCUCUUCUUACAGGGGGAUACUUGACAUUUAGUGCCAUGCAGCCAAAAUUAUGUGAAAGUAAAUCUGACAGAUGUAAAGCUUUGACAUUCUUGUCUCAGCCAUGCCUACCAGUGUCUAGUGUAGGACCAACACACAUCUUACCAUUUCUGUAUCUUGGAUCAUACAGAGAUGCCAUAUCUCAGGACAUUAUUCAGGUUAAUGACAUAUCAUAUAUUUUAAAUGUGAGUACCACAUGUCCGCAGCCACCUUUUAUUCAGGAAGGACACUUCUUUCGCAUUCCAGUAAAUGACAAUUACAGUGCAAAAAUGUUGCCAUUUUUUGAAGAAGCAUUCCAGUUUAUAGAUAAGAUUAGAGAGGCCAAUGGUUGUGUUUUGAUUCACUGUUUAGCAGGGAUAUCUCGCUCACCUACAUUAGCAAUUGCAUAUAUCAUGAAACACUUGAAAAUGACAUCAGAUGAUGCUUACAGAUAUGUGAAAGAUAAAAGGCCAACAAUAUCACCAAAUUUUAAUUUUCUUGGACAAUUACUGGAAUAUGAAAAACAAGUCAAGCAUGGUUUUGAAAAGUACCAACAUGAUGGACACACACUUGAUAAUAAACCAAAAUCAAUUGCAAUGGAUUUACAAAAUAGCCCAUCUUCUCCAAGGUUAUCGAAACCUUUUGUAUAUGGCUCCUUACAAGAUUCAUUUUCAAAUCAGUUUAAUGAUAGCUUAUCCAAAAAUUUAUUACGUGACGGAGACACCUGGGCAGAUUUUACACCAAUUAAUGUAAUGUGGGAUAAUGCAAAAGAUUUUAUGAAAUCAAAAUCAGAAGGGAAUAAAGGGAAAAGAAACUUCCAUGGUCUUUCAUCAAAGAGUGAAGUUAACAGUAUAUUAGAGAAGCCUACAUUUAUGGCAAAUGAUUAUUUGGAAAUUAAAAAAAAAUCUGACACAUUACUAUCAAGCUCUCCAAAAUUAUCCACUAUAUUCAAACCACCAGUUUCUGUUUCAUCAGACACAGAAAAGUUAAUGGGUAUAAUAUCAAAUGAAGACAUUAAACUGGAAUCAUCUGAACUUUCAGUAAGUGCACCAUUUUCACUUAAAUCACCUCAAAAUCAGGUUGCUGUAUCACUUACCCAGGGAUCUUGUCAGCAUUCACUAAGUGGACUGAUGGGAGCAGAAUUUUCCCAGAAUUUACAGAGUGGACCACUUUUCACCGAAUCACCUCAUCAUUCAAUUAACAGAUCAUUUACCCUGGAAUUGACUCAACAUCCACUUAGUCAACCAUCACUUGCAGAUUCAGUAAGUGAAUCUUCUACUAUCAAACCAUCUCCACUAUCAGUUAGUCAACAAUGUUCUUUUGAAUCACCUCAACAUUCAAUUGAUCAGUUACAUAACCAGGAAAUACCGCAUCCUCCAUUUAUUGAGCCAUGUCUCCAGCAAUCUCAUCUUUCAUGCAGUCAAACCCAGGAAUCACCCUACCAUUCAGUUAGUCAGCAAAGUAUCCAUGAAUCAACUCAAUAUUCAGGGAGUCGACCAGUUUUACUUUCAUUGUCAACAAGUAUUUUUCCAGAAAUGGAGAAAUCAGAAGAACAUUCUGCAAAUCAGAAUAGUUCAUAUAUUAUACCAGGAAAUACAAGUAAAUCAAACUUUACAAAAAAAGUAUCAUCUAAAUGUUUCAGUCUUGCAUUAUCACCUUGUUUGCCAGAUGUAGUAAAAACAAGGGAAAAUAUGACAGACUGUACUUUAUUCCCAUUUGAGAGGAACUGCAACCCGAAAUCUGUUACACCUAAAAAAAACUUCUCUACUCCAAACAUAAUAAAUUCUUCAUCCACAUCUCAGAAUGAACAUUUGUCAUCAAUUAAUCAAACAGUUAGGAUGUCAUUUCAAUCAAAGCCGACAUUUUUCAAGGAACCACAAACUUUAUCUUCUACUAGUUCUGUAUAUUCAAAUGAGACGUUUCCACCAAGAACAGGUUUUGUUACUUCACAACCAUGUGUUAUAACCACAUUGCAAUCAGGAAUCAAUAGAGCGAAGAAACCAUUGUUUAGUUUAGCAUUAUCAAAAAUGAUAUCUGCUGACGGUGAACAUACACCAAGUAAAGAUAAGAGAGCUAGUGAAAAUGAAAACAAUGCCAACUUAGGUUCAUUUCCAAGAGAAAACUGCAAUCAAAUUCAGAAAAACCAGCGUUUAAAUGAAAGUAAACAAGACAAUAAUUCUAGACAAAGUUUAUUGGAAAAUAAUAUUAUCCCUAACAAAAAAAAAUGUACAUCAGAAAACAUUUCGCCAUCAUCAGCUAUGGCAGGAUUGAAUUUUUCAGAAACAUUGAUGGAUAAACAUCAGAUUUCAUCAAAAGUAUUAGAUAACUCUAGCUUUGGGCCAUGUUUUUCAAAUAUGUACAGCUCAUCAAGGACAGAAAAUAUGUCAUCUACUUGUAUAAAACAUGCAGAAAGGCAAGAUACGAUGUCAGUCUAUCCGCCAGUUUCUAACUUAAGUAGUACUCCAGUUACUUCUUCAGCCAGUUCCAGUCAUGUUGUUAAAAGAUCCUAUGAAAAAAGGAUAAAACAUACAAUGGAAAGGCCUAAUAGCAUUGCAUUUUCAAAAUACCCAACAUUUGAUUUAGGAGAUGAUUGUCAGGAUUCUGCUAUCUUAAGCAGUACAUCACAAGAUGAUACCUCAACCACAUAUAUACUUAAAAAUAAUAAACGUUCAAAACAGUCAGAUAGGGGCUUCUGUUCAGGCCAUUUUAGUGAAAAAGAAAUAUACAAACAAAUCUCUGCAGCAAUGGGAAGUGCAGUUUUGCAAACAAAAGUAUACGAAUCCAAAAGAAAAGCUUGUAGUCUUGAUGACAUGUUACAGUCUGAGGAACAGAAAUCUCCAGUUCAUUGUUCAUCUUUCAAUAGAUCACAGUGUAUUGUUGGAAACAGUGAUGGGUGUUGUACAUCUUCUGACACAUAUCGGUCUAAUAGUGAUAGCAGUGGCAGUAGCAGCCAGAAUUCUCUACAUGGUAGUCGUGAAAUUGUGCAAGUGUCAUGAUCAAGAUAGUAGACAUGAGAUCAUUAUGUUAACAUGAUCUCUUUCAGUUUUAAUUACUGUUGUUUUUUUUAAAGUGUUGUUGAAUUUAUUUAUUUUAUAAUGUUUGUUAAACUGUCUUUCCUAAUUGAUUUAUUUAUUUUUGUUUACUCGAAUAAAAUUGUAGAAUAAAA